AUGACUUCAACACACCCAUAUCAGUCUCUCCCCAUUGAUGAAAGAGUCAAACGCGUCCUCGCAAGAACACCCCUCAUAGACGGUCAUAACGAUCUUCCCCAGCAGCCUCGAGCAUGUUUCCAUGGUAAAAUCCACAACAAUGAGAGAUUCAAUCUCGAGAAAGGGUUCCAGCGAGGAAUGACUGAUAUCCCUCGUCUGAAGCAAGGCGCUGUGGGAGGCCAAUUCUGGUCCGUAUGCGUCCCCUGUCUACGCUCAGCAGAAGACUUCACAACACCAGAAUACUCCGACAUGGCUCGCGAUGCCAUUGAGCAAAUUGACCUGACUCUCCGUUUGGUUGAGUCUUACCCUGAGACUUUUCAGCUGACUUGGCGUGAGAUAUAUAGUUCGACAUCGAAAGUUGGUCCAGUUCAUGGAGGGUUAUCGGAUCUCGGAAGGGCAGCAGUCAAAGAGAUGAACAGACUGGGCAUGAUCGUGGAUAUCUCACACGUCUCGGAAGACUGUGCCUCCCAAGUCUUAUCCCUCUCGCGCGCACCCAUAAUGUUCUCUCACUCCAACGCAAAAGGCGUCUUCGACUGCGUCCGCAACGUCCCAGAUGAUAUCCUUGACAAAGUCCCCUCUAAUGGCGGUAUCGUCAUGGUAACAUUCGUUCCAGAGCAUUGCACCACGCGUCGAAGCGAUGCGACGAUGGACAUGGUCAUUGACCACUUAUUCUACAUCGCAAAUCGCAUCGGCUGGGACCAUGUGGGCCUUGGAUCCGAUUUCGACGGGAUCGCAAGUGUUAUUCCUGGUUUGGAAGAUGUGAAAUGUUAUCCUAAGCUCCUUGAGGCUAUUCUUGGUAGAGGUGCUACAGAGGAGCAGUUGGCCAAGGUUGUUGGGGAGAAUAUUUUGAGAGUAUGGAAGGGUGUUGAGAAGGUGAGGGAUGAGAUGAAGAAGGAGGGCGUUCUUCCUGUCGAGGAUGUUUUUAAGGAUAGAAAGUGGUGGCGAUAUGAUGGGUUUUAUCAGAUGGAGGAUCCGGAUCCUGAGGAUAAGUUGGGGCUGGACUGGUAUGGGAAGCCUCCGCCAGAUGAGGGGCUCUAUCUUGAUGAAUAG